AGAGGAGCGGGCGCCGGGCCGGGUGGUGGAAAGACCCGGGGCGAUCCCGGCGGGGAGCGCAGGUAAGGCCGGCAGGAGGGGCGGCGGAGGCCCCGCCAUGGUGGGCGCCGGAGCGAGCAGCCGGUAGAGCGGCGGCGGCCGCCCCUUCGCCGUCCGGCCCAUGGUGCUCCCCCCUUGCCCCAUGGCGGAGUUCGUGGUGCCGCGGCACAGCGCGGUGAUGGAGCGGCUCCGCCGGCGCAUCGAGCUCUGCCGGCGGCACCACAGUGCCUGCGAAUCCCGCUACCAGGCCGUGUCUCCGGAGCGGCUGGAGCUAGAGCGCCAGCAAACCUUCGCCCUGCACCAGCGCUGCCUGCAGGCCAAGGCCAAGCGGGCCGGCAAACACCGGCAGCCGCCCCCGGCGCCGCCGCCGCCCGCGCCCCCUCCGCCCGUCGCCGCCGCGGGGAGCGCCGAGAGGAGCGGAGCCAACGGGCUGGACGGCGAGGCGGCGAGCGGAGAGCAGCAGCACGGCCGCAGCAGCGCCCUGAUCGCGCAGCUCCAUGAGACUGUGAAAAGAAAGCUUGAUAGUGCUGCUUCCCCUCAGAAUGGAGACCAGCAGAAUGGCUAUGGUGAUGUGUUUUCUGUGUCCAAGAAACUGCGUCGUGAGGAUGGUUUGGGAGUGAGUGGUUCUUCCAAUGGAAUGCCCCCUGUGUCUCCACUCCAUCAUCUAGACAAGAAAUCUGCUACUGGUGAUACCUUACAACUUAAUGGGAAGCAUCCAAUGGGGCUUGAUGGCAUCAGCAAGAAGUGUCUUCCAGAUUCCAGCCUGCAGUUGAAUGGAGGUGGUGAUGCUGAUGAUUCAUUUCCUUUGAGUUUGAACAAAGAGCUGAAGCAGGAGCCUGUAGAUGAGCUUCCCUGUAUGAAUCCUGUAGCAGGGGGUUCUAUAUCUCAGAAUAACCUGAUGCCUGAUCUUAAUCUAAAUGAGCAAGAAUGGAAGGAACUUAUUGAGGAGCUCAAUAGAUCAGUGCCCGAUGAAGAUAUGAAGGAUCUCUUUAAUGACGACUUUGAAGACAAAAAAGAUGCAGAUUCUUCAAAUUCAGCUGCACAGACUCCAUUGCCACAAGAUAUUAACAUAAAGACUGAGUUUUCCCCAGCCCCCUUUGAACAAGAACAGCUGGGAUCUACCCAGGUUAGAUCCACUUCUUCAGGUUCAGCAUUUAUUGGCGCUGCUUCUGUACCUGUAAGUGCCGCUUCUACAACGGUUGGUAGUUCUCAGGCUAUGUUCCAGUCUUCCAGUCAGUCAAUGACUGAAAAUCCUAAUCAGCCCAUGAUGCAGGCAUCAAACCACUCUCAGAACGUCCAGAGGCCUGUGUUGUUACCUGGGAAGUGUGCAGGAAGUGCCAAAGAAAUGUCUUCUGCUCAUCAACUUCAGCAGAUUGCUGCCAAGCAGAAGAGAGAUCAGAUGCUGCAGACCCAGCAACAAGCUUCUCAAGUCCACCAAACAAAUCAGAUGUCAACGUGGCAACAGUCUGGGUCUUCCCAUAGUCCACUGGCUGUCCCAUAUACCAUGGAAAAUCCUACUAGCCCAUCGGUUUAUCAGCCAGACUUCAACAGUCAGAAACUCAUGAUGCCUAAUUUGGGAAAUAAAAGCUCACCGAGAGCUGGAGGCAAUUAUCACGUGAACAUUUUGGGUCAUCAGCAAAACAGCUUGAACCAGAACCCUGUGAAUAGUCAAGGCUCUAUACUAGACUACGGGAACACCAAACCUCUUUCCCAUUACAAAGCAGAAUGUGAGCAGGGGGUGGCAGUGCCUGGGCAGAACAAGACUCCUAUGCUGGCAUACAUCCAGCAGCGCCAGCAGCCACCACUGUCCCAUGUAGGUGACGACCAAAAUGGGAUGAUCCUGCUGAAGCCCAAGUCUGGAAACAUUGCCUACCGGCUGCCACAUGGUCAGGAUCAGAGCCCUGCUCCUACUGUUGCUCGUGUUCCUGUUUCUGUCCCAGGCCCUGGGGUGGGUGCACAGGCUCCAAAUGUCUCCAUGGCAGGUAACCACAACAACUCAGCAUAUCAGCAGCAGGCAGCAGUGAUGAAGCAGCACCAAAUGCUGAUGGACCAGCAGAAGCAGAGAGAGCAGCAACAAAAGCACUUACUCAUGGAGCAACAGAAGCAGCAAUUCCUAAUGGAACAGAGGCAGCAGCAUUUGCUGGCAGAGCAGGAGAAACAGCGGCAGCAGGAGCAGCAGCUGCAGCGACAUCUGACACGGCCUCCUCCUCAGUACCAGGAUCAACCACAGAAUCCAUACCAGCAACAGGUUGGACAGUUCACAGGGUCAUCUUCAGCCAUGCCCGGGGUCAGUAAUUUAGGACAGUCCAGUUCCGGUAGUCCCCGGAUGUUUGCUCAGAGCCAGAACAUGAUUCAGAUGGGACCUGGACACGCUCCUGUUGCUCCACUGCAGUCGGGCUCCAGCCAGCAGGAGCGGGGGGUGUCUCAGUACCCCAGCAUGCAGAACAUGCAGCGUGGGGGGCUGUACAACCUGGCACCUGGCAUGACCCAGAUGGUUCCUCAGCACACGACUGCGAGUGCCAAUGGACAGACCCCGAUGCAGAGACAGGGCAGCUUGGGCCAGGGCGCCGCCGUUCCCGCUGCCUACGGGCAGAACACCCUACCAAACUCAAGUAUUUCUCAGCAGCACAAUAAAGGUGCACUGAAUCCAACCUUAUCUAAACCACAGAUGGCAAGAGUACCAGCUGCUAUGGGGGCUCAAAAUCCAUCUUGGCAACACCAAGGUAUCCCUAAUGUUAACAACCAGACACAAGCAAACAGUGGCUUAGGACCAUUUACUGCCAACUCCUCUUUCCACAUGCAGCAAACACAUCUAAAGAUGUCCAACCAGCAGUUUGCCCAGGGAAUGCCUCAGGUAAGCCUAAGCACCAGCAGGCCCAUGACCUCGAUGAACGUUGCUGUCUCUGGGCAGAUGCUGUCAUCCUCUUUGGGAGCACAGCCGCGGACAAACCCACCCGCACAGCAGCAGCUACCCUCACAGCAAGUCUUGCCUGGCUUGAACCAGACUGUUCCAGACCUGAAUGCUUUCAACCAGAACCCAAAUCAGCAAAUUUCCAACAGAGGAAGCCUGCACUGUAGCCAAGGGUACCCUGUGAGGACGACCAGUCAGGAGCUGCCUUUCGCCUACAGCGGCCAGUCAGGCAAUAAUGGACUUCAGAACUUAACUGGUGACACAGAUCUGAUAGACUCUUUGCUGAAAAACAGGACUUCAGAGGAGUGGAUGAACGAUUUGGAUGAGUUGUUAGGAACUCAUUAAAAUGGGACCGGGGGUGGGGGUUCCACUUUUUUUAAUUAUUUCAUGAGAUAUAAACAACUCUUGGACCAAAAAAACCUGUGGCAUUGAGGAGACUUGCAGGCAUUAGAGGUAAAUGGUUGGGAAAAAGACUGGAGCUGCUUCUCAAUGAGUGUUGACACGUGGUCACAGCGCACCAAGCAGGUCUGCAGGAGGAGUGCGCUUUGUCUGCGGUCUCUGAGGAGUCACACACUUGAACAGGUCAAAAAAUACUGUGUCCUAGCCAGCCUUCCAGAAAUCUCACUUGCAGUGUUCUAAGACUAAAUAUUUUAAUUAUUUAAAAACAAAACAAAAAUUCCACAGAAAUAGUGCAGAAAGAAUGCAAAUAGUUGCACAAAUUGUGUUUAGGGCUUAGUCUGCAGCUAUUACUUGCAAUAAUUAUUUGUUCAUAGCUUGACAUGUUGUUACAGUACUGUCCAUCAAACUUCUGAUUUUUGUUUGAGAAGAGGCUGUAUGCACCUGAGUAUGCUUGCAAAAUGUUUGGAAUUGUUUUUUUUCCCCAUUGCUGAAGCAUGUGCCUGUACUCUCAGUAAGCAAGUGAUAUUUCACAGUAAAUAUUUCUAGAUGCUGGUAAUAGAUGAGAGAAAGUAUUAAAACCUGGCCAGUUAGUCUAGAUAGUCAUCUUCAUAGAUUGUAGUCUUCUAAGCUGCGGUUUGCACUCUGUUGUAGAGAGGCACAGUUCUUGGCUUGUACCUUGCUGUGUUUAAAGGGGGAAUUUCUUAUGGGAGAACUUUUAAACUAUAGUAGGUUUAACAUGAAUUGUAAAGCCAUUUACUUUGCACCUGUUUCUUCAUAACUUAUUUCCAAAGGUAGUUGUAUUUAAAUGAAGGCUUUGCUUCAUGACAGCUCAUCUAGUUUUCUUUGUUGUAAAAAGUAAAACUAACCUUAGAGAUCAGUUCAUCCCCCCGAAGUUAGCAAUGAGCACAAGACUUUGUCACUUCAGGAUAAAAAUGAGGAAAAAAGAAUUUGGCUGGGAGGUGGAAAGUCCUUAUUAGCAAUAAUAGCACAGGCAGCCUGGAAGAAUGCUUGUAUCAGGGUUGCUCCAAUGUGGAAGUCUCCCCCUUAAAUGCUUUGUUUUUUGAAUACUGGCUUACAAGUUCGAUAAUCUUUCUAUAGACUGGUGGAUUUACUUUUUUAAUAUCCCUUGAAGCAGAUGCUGUUCUUCAGCUCAGCCCAAGGAGACCUCUUAUCCAUAUGUUGGGGUUGGUCCCAGAAAGGACAAAAACCACAAUGGGAACAGUCAAUGUUCUAAAGUCCUUACUCUACCAAAAAAAAAAAAAAAAUCCCUUAUCCACCAACAAACCACCUUGCCUUAACAUUUAUUUUAAAAUUAAAAUAAAGUUGAAAGCUUUUGUUUUAAAUGCACAAAUACCUCUUCCCUUUCUAAAUCCACUUUCUUGGAAAACUCCUCCAAACUUUAUAACCAAACCCAGCAUUGUGAUUUAAAAGCAAUUUCCUUCAACACAGACUGGCUUCUCCAGGAGUUUUCUGCAUUGCAGAAUUGUGAGAAGGUUUUUUCCAGAGGGGGUGAAGGGAAGUGAAAGAUAUCAUUGGUUUUGGAGAAGGAAAAUAUUUUACUGUAUCUGCAGCUCCUUUAUGAGACAAUUUGCACUUUUGAAAACUGCUUUUUUAACACUAAUACUUUAACCCUUUCCAAAUAUGCAUGGAACAUGGUUUAUCCAGCACACUUAGCUAGUGUGGAUGAAUUCUGCUCUGUUGAUCAGAUUUGCUAUUUUAUCAUGUUGAACUGUUGAUGAAAGAUGUGCAUUGAUCAGUGGGUCCCACCUUUGAACAGUGGAUAAAACUUCACUGAAGCAGGCUUAAUCCCUCAUAGAGCUUUUGAAAAGAUAACGUAAAGAUUGUCUUUGGAUGGGAAGAUGAAGGUGUUGGUGACUUUGGUUGUUGACACUUCUGAUAUUUUCUAGAAUAAGUAGUUGAGAUGCAAAUAACUGAUGCUCGCUUUUCUCAUACUGGCAAUCUAAGAAAAGAGCUAAUGAGCUUGGUUUACUAUUAAGUUAAACCAAAAACUGGUCCAAGGUAAGUGUCAUUAGAAGAGUAUAGAUAUAAACUAGCAAUGGCAGGGGAAGGAGUGUUUGUUGUUUUUUUUAAUUUUAAGGGUUAACUUUGCACCAGUGUGCCUUCCCUUCCUGUCAGGGGUGCUUGGGACCUCAAUUUCAAGUGACAUCAUUCCAUGUCACUGUUUUUUUUCUCCCCCUUAAAAACACUUGACAGAAAUAACAGGGUAGUAGGAUUCAGCUUUUCUUUCUCCCUGUUUAGGUUGUGGUGAAAUCUGCUCUGUUUUCCAGUAGAUUUUGCACACAGACUUUGUUCCGAAGAAGUCAAAAUACAAUCCAUCCAGUUGUGAUUUCUUAAUUGGAGGAAAAGAACAUCUGCUGUUUGCAUUGUUACUACCAAAAAGGCAAUCCGGCAAAAUGUCCAGGAAAACGCAGGUGUGCUCUUUCCUCCACUGUUUCUGGAAGCUAAGGUGGAUAUUGCUCUGCUUGACCAGAGGGUUUGUUCAGGAAGGUAUCUGGGUUUGAUGACAGGGCCUUUUCAUGGUACUGUUGGAGUAAAAUUAAGUGUGAUUCUAGACAAACUGGCUUAUAAUGCCCACUGGUGUCUGUGUGUGAACGGGAUCCCAACAGCCCCUGCUCUGGCUUUGGUCCCUGUGCACAGAACGCAGUCGGAGCGUUGGGAACGUGGGGCCACUGGAACAAGGGUGGAACAGUUCAAUGGAAAUGAAAAUACGGUUUUGAUGUACAUGGGUGCAUGGGCAGGGCUGGGCUCUGCCCUGGUGCCCUGUAAUGUGUCACUGGCUGUGUCUGCACUCGGGCUUUCCAUUUGCUGCAGCUUCAGAGCAAUAAAACCAAUCUCCCCUGAACUGAACCCAGCCGGCCGCCCAUGGCUUUAUUUAUAAACUGCGGUUUUGGUUGGGCAUGCAAGGUGAGAGUGUCACUGUGCAACAUCCACUGCCUUCCAAAAACCACGAUCCAAUUGAAAAGGGUGCUCAAAAUUUUGUUAUACACAUUUCCUUUGUGUAAAUAAAUGUUUACAAUUUUAUAUUAAAGAUUGAAUAAGAGUUAGAUCUUCUGACUGUAUAUUUUUUACUUUUUAUAGAUUUUAAAACUAUAAUUCUUUAUAUAUGUGUUUGGGGGGGUAUUAUGGUAAGCUUUAUGCUUGUAAAUGGAGAACAGUUGAAUUUGAUGCUAACCUUUAUGAAUUUUUGUCAUUGAAAUGUAUAAAGAGUCCAUUAAUCCCCUUAUUCUUUUACUACAAUUACUGGUGCACACCAAAAAGAAAUCCUUCACUUCUGUUUUAUCAUUAUAAAAUAAAUAUUUUGCUAGUGUAUUAAAUAUACAUGGUGUGACUUUAUACAUUUGCGUGAGCUGAGCAGAGUUUAGUGUUGUCAUUCCUAGUGAGAUGGUUCCUUCCCUUCAUCCCAGCACACAAUUUUUUGCUCGGCCUAUUACUAAGACUCAGAUUCUGCUGCUCUAUCUUACCAAUUCUUAUGGUUUCAGAAAGUCUAUUUAAACAGGCCAGAACUGGAUAAAGGGGCCUUAGAAAAUGUAACUUUGAAAAUUGGGCUUUAUGCUACUCCCACUGCUUCCGGGCUUUUGUUUUUUUUCUGGAAUGCAUUGUAGACCUGAAUCUGGGAAAUUCAACUGCAGAGGUGGUUGUUAGUAGUGAAAAAGAUGUUAAUAACUACCAAGACCUCACAUGUGCAAAAUUGUAAAGUUCCAAAAUGUGCCAGUUCCCUCAGAAUGACAGCCUUUGGAGGUUCAAACUGAUUUCCUCAAGACUUGUCUGAUGCAGGCACAUGGUGCACACAGGACUCCAGCUGAGACGUGGGACAUGUGCUGCAAGCAGGAGCUGAUAUUUGAGCAAGGAGCAAAGCACUGGCAGCAGCGUGUGUGGAGGUCUUGGCUUAAGGCUGGUAAAGUCCCAGAGCCACUGCCCAGCUUCAGACACUGAUGGAUCGUUCUCCAGGCUUUGCAGUUGGUGUCAUUGUGCGGUUGUGUUUGCAGCCCCAGCUCAGCCUCCAUGUUUCCUCACAGCAACCUGUAAGUGCCAGAGUGUAUUUUUAGUGUAUUCCUGCUCUACAAGUUUUGUUUUCUGUUUGGGAGAUGUAGAGACCUGUAACUUCGGAAGAUUAUAAAGACACAAACGUAGCAAUCAGGAGCAGUACCAGAAUCAGUUGCUUUUAGCCCGUGCGCAACAGUGAAGUAACAUUAAUUUUUG